AUGCAAAGCCAGGAGACCCAGCUGACUCACAUCUCCGGGUCGCAGCCCAAGAUGCAGACCUCGUCGAGUCGAAUCUUGUACGAUAUUCCGUGCAAAGUCUGUCGGGACCAUUCUUCGGGCAAGCAUUACGGGAUCUUUGCUUGCGACGGAUGCGCCGGCUUCUUCAAGAGAUCCAUCCGCAGGAACAGACAGUACGUGUGCAAAGCGAAAUCGGAGGGUGGAUGCAUGGUUGACAAAACGCACCGGAAUCAAUGCCGGGCCUGCCGUCUUGCAAAAUGCAUACAGGCCGGAAUGAACAAGGAUGCCGUGCAGCACGAACGAGGGCCUCGAAACUCGACCCUGCGACGACAAAUGGCCCUUUAUUUCAAGGAGCCCGAAAUGAUGGCCUCCAUGGUACAGGCACCGGCAGGAGCUCUGGAUCUCGCAUUGCCGAAAUCACCAACCGAGCCCCGGGUGUCCGUCGCCGCCCCGGCACCUCAUCACCCACUUUCGCACCCCAUCUACUGCAACAGCAUGGCCAUCCCAAAGAUUCCGGUCAGCGUAGCGGGUUUGCCGACAGUCUCUAUGUUGCCGGCGAUUACCGCGGAGUCGGUGUGCGAGCAAGCAGCCAGGUUGCUGUUCCUAAACGUCCGUUGGGCGCGGGAUUUGGCCACCGGGACCGGCCUAGGAAUGGACGAUCAACUGACCCUGUUGGAGGCCUCCUGGAGAGAGCUCUUCCUUCUGGCAGCGGCUCAGAUGUUGCCGACUCUGGAUCCGACCCCCCUCUUGCCGCCAGGACCCCAAGGCCUGGGGUUGGCGGUGGAGGUGAAUCGGUUUCGCGACACCCUGGCAGGUUUCCACGCCAUGAACCUCGAUCCACACGAGUUUGCCUGCAUCCGGGCGAUAGUCCUCUUCAAGGCGGGUCUGGACUGCGAGCCUCCAGCUCCCAGCAGCAGAAGCAGCAACGGCUCGGCUUCUCCGAAUGCUGGAAGUCGUCUUCGGGAUCCAGCUGCGGUGGCAAGGUUAAGAGACGGGGCCCAGCUGGCUCUUGGUCAGAGAUUGAGUGGGGCAUCUUUUGGUGCACUCAGAUUUGGGAAACUGCUGCUUCUUCUGCCGAGCCUUCGCUCGGUUUCCACGCACGCCAUCGAGGACCUGUUCUUCCGGAGGACCAUUGGAGUGAUUCCGAUCGAAAGGAUCAUCUGCGACAUGUACAAAUCAACCUGA